AAUCAGUGCGAUGCCGGUACCGCUCGCGGUGGGGAUGGCUCCUUCUCGCGUACUGCGUCGUCCAUAGGUAUACCCUAUGCGCGGCUCCUGGUGAACGUCGCCGCCGUCAUCGUCAUCGUCGUCAUCGCAAAGAGCUCUCCUGGAUCGACGCGCGCCCUCGCAUUUGUAUAUCCGUGCGAGAGAGAUACCCUCUUCUAUCUCUCUCUUUCUCUUUCGGCGCGACAUGAAGACGUAAAGCGAGCGCGCGUUACCAGUCGCGGUGUCCAUCGACUCCUCGGAAUAAAACGCCGAAGUGCCCGUCGCUCUGGUGCUCCGAGGUGCUAUAAGUAUAAAUAUUAUCCUGCCGCUCGCGCGAGGAACAAGCUUCUCCUUCCUUUCUCUAGUUCUUUUUCUCUCUUUCUCUCCCUCUUUCUCUCGCCGUCGAGAAUCCCUCGUCUCACGCGGCGCGAGUGACUCGAGAGUGUCAUCGAGUGCCUCGUCGAGCUCGGUAGUAACGUACGCGAGUGAUAAUACAUCCCCGAGUGACUUUUUAUUACACCUCACUAUCAGUGACGUGCAUCCGGAGCAUUAUUCUUUCUGUACACAUCCCGUCCGGUGAGUUCCAGAGUGAUCGAGCCGUUCCUGUCUGUUUCCAAGAAGGGAGAAAGAAGGAGAGAGAGAGAGAGAGAAGGGGCCGCCUCUCCUGUUUCUACCUGGUCGCGCGAGAGAGUAAGCAAGAGAGGCUGCGUGUACGUGGUAUGGCUCAUCGUCGUCGGUGGUUUUUCGCCGCCUUUAUUACAGCGAAACCCGAAUGCGUGCGCGAGCGUAUCCCUCUCGUCUGACCGGCCUACCCGCCACCGUAAGGCUGCCUUCACACAUGCGAGAUUGAUUCUACGCGCGAGGACUGUCAUUCAUCCGAGGCCGUUGCUCGCCGAGGGAACGCAUCAACCUCAGGUUAAUGAGAACCAACGCCGGCCGAUCGUCCAAUCAGCUUUUAGCCAGGCUGGACGAGCAUAGUCGAAUGCAGCUGGGCUCAGCAUGCCCUCUAAGAAGCAGUACAACCUCGUACAUAAUGACGAGUACGACACGCGAAUACCGCUGCACAGCGAGGAGGCGUUCCAUCGCGGAAUCGUGUUCCACGCCAAGUUCAUUGGUUCUAUGGAGGUUCCGCGACCGACUAGCCGAGUGGAGAUCGUGGCGGCGAUGCGAAGAAUCCGCUACGAGUUUAAGGCCAAAGGGAUCAAGAAGAAGAAAGUGACACUAGAAGUCUCGGUGGAUGGAUUAAAAGUGACCUUACGGAAAAAGAAGAAAAAACAGCAGCAAUGGAUGGAUGAGAAUAAAAUAUAUCUGAUGCACCAUCCAAUUUACAGGAUAUUCUACGUUUCGCACGAUAGCCAUGAUUUAAAAAUAUUUAGUUAUAUUGCCCGUGAUGGGAGCAGCAAUACGUUUAAAUGUAAUGUCUUCAAAUCUAGCAAAAAGAGUCAAGCGAUGAGGGUGGUCAGAACGGUCGGGCAGGCUUUCGAAGUGUGCCAUAAACUAAGUAUAAAUAAUACCACGGAGGAUCGCGAUCCUCGAGGAGACAAGGACGGGGAGAGCCACGGUGAGAAUUACCAUGGUGAUGUUUACGAGGACCAAGACGAAAUUCCCAACGAGCAAUCCCAGCCCUCUCCGUCACCGGUACAUAAAGACAUAUCAUUAUUGGGAGAUACUGAAGAUUCGGUUCCCGAGCAAACGUCCGUUACCUGUCUACUUCGAUCGCACGACGGACCAGCGACAACGACCUCUACCUCACCGAUCAGACAGUCGCCAUCGGGCACGGUAACUUCCGAGUGCGGAGGUUUAUUGGUGGGUGGCGAAUUAACAGCCCUAAAGCACGAAAUACAGCUUCUACGUGAACGUUUGGAGCAACAAAGUCAACAAACCAGAGCUGCCGUUGCCCAUGCGCGACUUCUUCAAGAUCAACUUGCGGCGGAAACGGCAGCGCGCGUCGAAGCUCAGGCGAGGACACAUCAACUUCUAGUUCAAAAUAAGGAAUUGCUAGAACAUAUAAGCGCGCUAGUGAGCCACCUGAGGGAACAGGAACGUGUUUCCGGUGGUCACGUCACGUCGCAGUCGCAAAUACCGAGUACGCCCGCGUCCAUGCAACAGAAUGCGGCGGCUCCCGAUCUGUCGAGCCUCGGCCAGUGCCAACGAACUGGAGGUCAGAGUUCACCAUGGGAGCUGGAUACACCGACCUUUCCUUACUGCUCAUAUCUGCCGGAUACGCUCUAUUCCAGCGGUCUCAACGCCAUGGGUAUUCAGGGUAAUAACGCUACCACGGAUCAAUUGCAGUUUCAAACGCAGCUGAUGGAAAGGCUGCACAAUCUAAGUCCAUUUCAGCCACAAAGAUCGCCCUACAAUACACCCUCGCCGUACGCGAUGGGUCCGAGUCUGCUUUUACCUCCCUGCGGUGGACCAACGAAUUCAGCCCAAUUGUCCCCAAAUUCAGCGUCCUUGCGGGUCUCUCAACCGAACAGCUUCUCUUCAUCGCCAAUCAUGACUCACAAACUCGACAACUAUGGAAUUACAGAUAAUUCAGACGCGCAUCAACAUUUCAUAAAACCGUUGCCGUGUACCAACGAUAGGAAUGUAACUCAUUCGAUGACAGAUGCUAAAAUCAAACAGGAACGCUUGAAUCCGCAGGAUUCGGUCGAUAUACCUCCGAUAAUCCUGGAUCCUCCGCCACAGGGUAGGCGCGUAGAUAGUACGACCAAGAAAGCGAAUCCGAAGCAAAGUUCAAUGGCUCAGAGCACGCACGAUAACAAGAAUAACGCGCCGAAAAAUUUGGCGACCAUUCUGCGAACUUCGGGUCCACCGCCUUCUCGCACGACGAGUGCUCGAUUACCCUCACGCAACGAUCUUAUGAGCGAGGUGCAGCGAACAACCUGGGCUCGUCACACGACCAAGUGACUAUCUGAUACAAUAAUGUGUUGAUAAUCUUUGCUCCAAGAAAGAAUACGUUUUUCACAUAUAUCCCGUUAUGAAUAAUGUUAUAAAUUAUGAAAAAAUUAUAUGCGCAAUUCAAGAACCUUUGGUUUAAAUGGAUAUAACAGGGUUUGCAUUUUUCCUUCUUGAUCACUCAAAUUCGGAUUUCGAAUAAUGUAUUUCUAGAAUGUAAAGUCUAUAAUUCUCCAAUGUUUGAAAUUGGAUCUUAGAAAAACGUCCAAAUAAAAUUUUGUCAAAUAAAAUUUUGAGAAAAGAACUUUUACCAAUAGAUCAUAACACAAACGUAAUUCAAUAUAGUCAAUAAAUUGUUGUAGUAGAUCUCUACGAUAAACGUGUAAAAAUCGCGAUUUCAACAGAUCGUACAUUUAUCUACUUGUAUCUUACGGAAGUAACAUCUGUGGAGUGUUUAUAAGAAUUGAAAUGAUAGUCGCGUUCGAGAAAUGUAGUGGAUUUAUAUCACGCAUUUCCAAAGGGACGAAUCGUAAAUAUGUAUCGAUACGACUAUCGAUUUGUACAUUUAUUUGUGUUGCGACAUAUAUAUAUAUAUAUAUAUAUAUAUAUAUAUAUAUAUAUAUAUAUAUAUAUAGCGUACUCCCAUGUAUGAGAAUUGUCAUCUAGCGAACAAAUCUGUGCCAAAAGUACCAAUUGUCGAAAGAAUUUAUUUUCAGUAUAUUUUUAAGUAAUGUAAAUAAAAAAAGAAGAGAUACGCGCGUGAUCUCUCACAGAAUACAA